AUGCAGUCGACACACGCGCUCGGCCGCGCAAUCCGUCAUGGCUUCUUCAAGAGGCGCCCCUUCUCUACCUCAAUUCCAACCAGAUCAUCCUGGUCGCCGGGACCUUCUCCGCCACGCCUCCCUAAAGAAGAACAAGAGAUCUUCGAAAAGCUCCAGCAGCAGUCGACUGGCGCAUUCAGCACGCCACGGCAGCAGCCCUCCGACCAAGCAGAUGCCGACCAGCAGUCAUCGGAACCCGCGAUAUCGAGAUCAGCCGAGGCCGAUGACAUGCUCGAACAACUCCGAGAAAGAGCUCGAGUAGCAGCAGAAGGCGAAGGAGAAGAACUGCAUCCGAACGUGCGAAGAGGCGCGCCACCUGAGUUUCAGGGCGACGUCAACCCCAAGACUGGAGAGGUUGGUGGGCCGAAGAAUGAGCCCUUGCGAUGGGGCGUCAGUGGCGACUGGAGUUACAACGGGCGAGUAACAGAUUUCUGA